AUGGGGGGUGUUCAAGCAAAGCCAGAGAGACGACGACCUGUUUUGGAGCGAAAGACAUCCUUUGCUAAGAAUCGUAGGGUUGCUCCCUUCAAUGCCGAACCAAGGCCAACUGACGACCUCUGCAAGCAUUUUGAAGACAUGAUGAGAUCGUAUCAGGCGGAUUGCAAAGAUGACAAAGACUUGCAAGACUUCGACGCCGAACUCAGCUCCAGCGCCAAAGAAGUCAUCUGCAGUACCGGUCUUGAUCGGUUUAAGCAAUGCCUAAAGUAUCUGACGCAUUCCAACGAGAAGAUGGUGAGGGUAAUCUUGUCACGCAAAGAACAGAUACUUAAGGCGCCAGAGGGUGUGCAGGGACUGCAGGCGAGGAUGGUGAUGACGGCGAAUGAGAAUCUCUUAGAUCAAUUCUUGAUCAAGGAGUACUUCGACAAUAGCUUGCUGACGCUUGAACUCUGCAAAUUGGAAUUGCAACACUUCAUCGACUCGGCUCGUGAUGUCCAUUCAUGCAUUGCAGGUGUGGUACUUGAGAGGGAAGUGUCGAAGAAGCUCAACGAGACUGAGAAGAAGUAUCACCGUUCUGUGGAAGCAGUUGUUGCAAAGGUGAAAUCUCUGCGCGACCAACAUGAAAACAUGCUUGACAAGUUGAAAGAUCGAAUUCAGGAAUUUGAUAAGAAGCUGGAGCUUACUCGUACUUUAAAGAAGGUCGUAAAUGUGGUGUUCAUAGGUAUGUUGUCUGGUCUGUUUGUUUGCACCAUCAUGGCGGCGGCUAUGGCUGCUCCGCCAGUUGCGUCAGCCUUGACCUCUCAUCCAUGUAUUGCCGGAGUUAUUGCUGGUGGUGCCGUUGGUUAUGCUUGUUCGUCAGUAUUAAAAGAGGGACGACACUGGAUUCUCACUUUGAUUCAAGAUUGUGAAUCAACUCUGGAGGCACAUAAGGGUGUAAUUCAGUCGAUGGAAGCCGGAACCGGAGACGCCAUUAAAGUGUUGGAUGAUAUCAUGUGUCAUGUUAAAAAGGUCAUUGCAAAGGGGAAUCCAGUGUUGUCCAAUUUAAGCUCUGCAAAUGAUGAGGGAAGAGUAGAUGUGGAAAUUGAUGAGAAAGAGAUUAUUGAAAAAUGGCGGACAGAGUUUCACAAAGCAAUAGAGGAAUUGGACAAGAAAAUAAAGCAGUGCCUCGAGGUUACAGAGAUGGCAAGGGAUAAGGUUCAAAGGGAAUAUCACGAAUUGAAGAUCAGCCCAGUGUUGAACACGAAGAUCAAGAAGUAG